AUGGACCAAGAGUUGAAACCUGGACGCCUUUUUGUGUGGGGAAAAACCACUCGCAAUGAAACCGAAGGCACUCUCAAAGAACCCACCGCUGUUCCAUACUUUUUUGAUGCACCUGUGUUGAUGACUGCUUGUGGUUUGGGUUUUACUGCCAUAUUGACAGAAAAGAGAGAAGUCUACACACUUGGCUCUCGCAGUUGGUACAUGACCGAUUACGAACAUGAAGAUGUCGAUGACACUAAACAUUCACUCGUUCAUUGGCGAGAACUUUCCAACAAGGAUGUCAUUCAAAUCGUUUGUGGAUUGAAUUUUUGUGCUUGUUUGACAAGAUCUGGUGAUAUUUAUACAUGGGGAAGUGGAAUGUAUGGACAAUUGGGACAUCGAGAAGAAAUUGUGAAUGCUUUUGAGGAAUUUAAAGUUCCAAAACCCACACGAAUUGAUCACUUUUCAAAUUGUAUUUUUAUUGCAGCUGGUGAAGAAUGUAUGGCUUGCAUCACACGUGAUAAACACUUGUACACAUGGGGUAAGAAUUUCUGUGGAAUGUUAGGUCACGGAGAUGAGAAGGACCUUUUCGAACCCAAACGUGUCGUUGGAGUUUCGACGACAGGAAUUUCUAAAAAAUUCAAUGAUUCGGAUGAUGUGGAGAAUGAUGCAAUCGGUGGUGACGACCUGGAAGAUGACAAUGAUUAUGAAUCUCUUGAAAAGGAAGAAAUAAUUUAUGUUGCUUGUGGACAAUCUCACAUGGCUUGCAUUACUGCCAAAAACGAAAUUUUCACAUGGGGUAAUAACUUUUUAGGUCCAUUAGGUAGAAUUCUCGAUGCAAAACAAGAAUCUGAUCCAAAUCCUCGUCUUGUUGAUUUGGUUCAAGUUGGAGAUUUAGUCACUGAGGAAAAUCUUAAACAAAGUGAUGAAGUUGAUUUUGUGGCAGUCGAAUGUCUCAAAUACAAUACUUUGGCAUUGACUUCAGAUGGACGUUUGUUUAGUUGUGGUAAAGGUGGAUGUGACGGUGGAGGACAUGGUGAAGCUCCAAGAACUCUUUUAACCAUCAUUCAAAAUACAUUAGAAGGAAAACGUGUGAAAUCCAUUGCCAAGAGUUCCUUUGCCACUCACACAGGUUGCAUUGUGUUGAAUACCGAUGAUGAUUCUAUUAAGGGUGGACGUGAUGAAUUAUAUAUUUGGGGAAAUAAUGAAGAUUACAAAUUAGGAAUUGCAGAGCUAAACGAUGAAAAUUUGAGCAUUGAUGAAGCUUCUCUCUUGUAUCCUAAAAAGUUUCCCUUCCCAACCACCACUCGUGAAUGUUUUUAUAUUUCCUGUGGAGAGACACAUACGGCAGCUAUUUUGAAACCACAUCCAACCGAUAAGAAUCCAAAUCCAGAACUCACUUUGGAGAAAUUUGAAAAGGGAGAAAUCACACCUGUGGUUGGAACCACUAGCACCACCACCAACAGCACCACCAACAGCACUACGAAUCCUACUUCCAAAUCGAAUUCGACUUUUAAAAAGGGGACUUCGAAAAUCGUUGAAGAAGAGUAUGACUCGGAAUCGGAUGAAGACGACGAUGAUGAUGAGGACGAAGACAACGACGAGAAUGAUGAAGGAAAGGAUUCCCAUGACGAGCAAGAGUUCAAAACAACAUCAUCAAUGAAGGAUGACAAGAAACAACCUUCUUCAACAACGACUACAUAUGCUGCCCAACACACAACGACAGAGAAUUUGACUGCUGCCAAAUCAUCUCCUAACAACAACAACAACAGUGAGGACGAUGAAGAGGACGAUGAAGAUGAUAAUGACAACAAUGUAAAGAAACCUUCUCAAGGCACCACUGCCACCACCACCUUGUCGACAAGUACAUCGAAAUCUCAAACGACGACAACGACUUCUAGUUCAACAUCUUCCUCCAAGUCAGCAGCAGCAAGUAGUGGUACCACACAAAAAUCGAAAUCUUCAAAUCCAGUCAAAGAACUUCAUGGAUAUUUGCAAAAGAAGGGUGAAAAAGGUUUUGUCAAGUUAUGGCGAAAACGUUGGUUUAAUUUAGAAGGAAAUUAUUUGUGUUAUUAUGAAAAAGAAGGCGGUAAAUCAAAGGGAUCUAUUGGAGUGGAUGACAUUUUGGACGUCCUUCCAGGAGCCACUCAAUACGGAUUCAACAUUUCAACCACGACUGGACGAGUGUAUGAAUUGCAAUGCACCAGCGAUCAAGAAUUGAAAUAUUGGACCACAGGUCUGCAAUCUCUUAUCAAAAAGAAGUAA